ACGGGACACCAACAACACUUAAACUGGCUACAAUGGCAGAGUCGAGGAUGGAGACGCUUAAACUGUCACCUAAAAGAGUUUUUAUCAACAACAUAGAUUCAUACGCUUCUAAAACUAUUGCUAAGUGUUUGUCAGAAAAUGUGGUCGGAGCAGCAGCUGAUCCUGAGGAAGAGAAGGAGAGGACACAAGCUUUUCACGUUGUGGGAACGGUAUCUGACAAACAUGACGAAUACAGACCGCAUGUCCUGGAGGAGUAUUCACAACUGAACAGGGAUGAGCUACUUUCAAAGCUCAUGGUGUGUGAUGUUGUCAUAUACAACAUCAGCCAGCACGCUGAUCAGGUGGAGGAAGCCUUCUGGGCUGUUUCAGCUCUCCACAAUGAAAUGGGUCGUUUUUCUAGACCGAAGGUGUUCAUCCUCAUCUCCACAGUGAUGACCUGGGCAUGCAGCAAGCCAGUCAAUCCUGAUGAGCCUUUCACUGAUGAGAUGAGAAGAAGAGCACAUCCCAACUUCAAACAGCACCUUGACCUGGAGAAGAGGGUGGUCAAAAUGGGCAAAAGUAACAGGAAAUUGUUCUCAACAUAUGUGGUGGCAUCAGGACUUCAGUACGGGAUGGGAGAGCAGGUCUUCCACUUCUUUUUCAAGACAUCAUGGCUGGGACAAGAACCAACAAUACCUGUCUUUGGAGAUGGCAAGAACAUUGUCCCCACAAUUCACAUCACUGACUUGGCAAGUGUUAUUCAGAAUGUGAUUGAGCAUCAGCCCAAGCGGCAUUACCUGCUAGCUGUGGACAAUUCCAACAACACCAUGGAGGACAUUGUUAAGGCAGUUGCCUCUUCACUUGGACCAGGGAAGAUUGAGAAAAGGCCAAUUGAGGAAGCCCUCCUCACACGGGACAUGAGUGUAAUGGAAUUUGAUUCGUUGCUGAUCAACCUAUGCAUGGAGGCUGUCCAUCUCAAGGAACUGUUCUCCAUCAACUGGUUGUGUGAGUCUGGUCUGGUGGAGAACAUAGAGCUGGUGGUAGAGGAGUACCAGCAGACCAGGGCACUACUGCCUAUCCGUGUGUGUGUGUUGGGUCCUCCUGCGGUGGGGAAGAGCACAAUAUCCAAACAGAUCUGUGAAUACUACAAACUCCAUCACAUCACACUGAAGGAGACCAUCUCUGAAACCAUCUCACAGCUGGAAGAUGAUGUGAAGAAUGCUGAUCCAGAUGCAGAGAAUGAGGACUCUGCAGCUGAGGCCAAGGAGCUGUUGAACAACCUAAAGGACAGUAUGGAGCAGAAUGGAGGUCUUUUGGAUGACCAGCUGUUAGUGAAGGUGGUGAAGGAUAAACUGAUGUCUAAUCCGUGCAGAAACCAGGGUUUUGUUCUCGAUGGCUUUCCUAAGACAUAUGAACAAGCUAAAGAGCUCUUCUAUGCUGAAGAACAUGAAUCAGAAGAUGGGGCAUCCCAGCUUUCUUCAUACAGCAAGAAGAUUAUGCCAGAGUUUGUGUUGUGCCUGGACGCGUCAGAUUCCUUCCUGAAGGAUCGCGUGAUGAACCUUUCUGAGAGGCUGGUACAGGAGCACAACUAUGAGCAGGAGCACUUCCUGCAGCGAGUGGCCAGAUUCAGACAGAAUAAUGUGGAACAUGAAACUGCUGUAAACUACUUUGAUGAGCUGGACAUCAGUCCUCUGUACCUGGAGAUCACCAGUAGCGAUGAACCGGACUGCCUGCUGCUGAUGCAGAAGAUCUUCGACACGGUGGGCAAGCCCAGGAACUACGGCCCCAGCAGCCAGGAGGUGGAGGAAGAGGAGAGGAAGCAGGCUGAGGAGAAGAUGAGGAGAGAGGCCCAGGAGGAAGCUGAAAAGGAGAGGAAAGAGGAAGAAGAGGCCAAACAAAGGGCUGCACGCUGGGAGGAGUGGACAAAGAGUCUGGAGGAGGUGAGGCAGCAGGAGGACGAGCAGCUGGAGGCACAGUCAGUCCCUAUGAGGACCUACCUGAUGGAGCAUGUCAUGCCCACUCUGACCCCGGGCCUGAUCGAAUGCUGCACAGCCAUGCCACAGGACCCUGUGGACUUCCUGGCGGAGUUCUUGAUAAAGAACGAUCCCUUUAACUACUGAAUGUGGCGGUCAUUUCUUCUGGUUCUACCUACACAUGAUGCAAAUAGAAAAUGUAAAAAAAAAAAUGAAAUGAAAUGUUGUUUUUUCUCCUAAUAUUCUAGAGCUUUUUAGUAUAUUUAGGAACUGGAGUCAAUUACAUGCAGCAUUUCUAUUAGAGGAAAACCUCCUGUAGUCUGGAGUCUUGUCACAGUAUUUCAGCCAUCACAUGCCAAGUGUCCCUCGGUUCAUGCUGGGAUUUUGAUUAGGUCUGAUUUGUAAGUGGCCCAUUCUCCUGCCCCUGUUGUAUUUACACACAGCUUUGUUUGGGCUCUUGUGUGCCGGCCAUUACUUAAAAGCACCCUAAAAAAGCGGAUGAAAGUGUGUAUGAAGCCAAAAGCUAAUUAGGAAGUUAAUUUGCGUAAUGAACUUGGUAAACUCCAAAGUAGACACGCUCGGGUCAUAAUUGCUUUGAUUUGGCUUCCGAUAUCCAGGAAGGAUAAAUGUUACAAAUGGCAGCUAAUUUGUGUCUCUCUCAUGUUGCCACUCGCGACUCCAAAGUGUACAUAAUUGGUUGCGACGGAACACCAAAUUAUUUCAUUGUACAUACUUAAUCACCACAUGGGGAAAUUAGUUGAGUUUAUUUGGGAAACAUUGUGACGCAAGCCGCUGCAAGACAAUUUGACUGCACCAUCUGUGAGUCCCAGGUACAAACGCUACAUGGUGAGUUUUCUGACAGUGAAACACACACAUUUUGACUGCAAGUAUUGUAAUACAAUAUUCUCAUAGGCUCAUGUGAUCUGAAACAUAGGGGAACAUAUUUUUUCAUCUUGGUGAUCAGACUGAAGAUCUUGACAUUUGCAUGUGUCUUGCAGUGUCAGAAUUUCAACACCAGCAUCCAUGUCCCAACACAAGCUGCUGAACGCAACAGCAACUCUGUUUCCCUGAGAUUUUUACUCAGGAGAAAGCAUGAAAGGUACUCCUUUAAGGUAUAAUUAUUGUAUUCAAAAUCGGACUUAACUAAAAGAACAUAUACAUAUGAGCAGAAAGAUAUACAUGGAGUAUCAGAAGUAAAAGUCAUUAUGAAAAAUUACUCACUGUAUAGUGUUUUAUUUAUCAUUUAUAUUGUCUAUUAUUUAUAUUUUUCCGAUUUAGCAGCAUUAUCAACACCUAAUAAGGCUAAUUUUAACAUCUUAUACAGAUUGAAAGACUACAGUUUACCUAUGCAAAAUGUAUAAAUGGAACAUGUGUUUUACUUAUAUAAUUUUGAUACUGAAAAGUAACUAUAGCUGUAAAAUAAAUGCAAUGGAGGAAAAAGGGACAAUUCAAAAAGUAAUGGAUUAGAAGUAUAAAGUAUCCAAGUCACUCAAAACUGUACUUAAUACAGAAUUAGGGAUGCACCAAAUGGACUUUUUCAGUCUUGAUAACAAACAGUCUUGAUAUCAUCCAAUACUUAUUCAUGUUUAAUUAUUAAGAUAUAUUCCUCACUCAGUGGAAGCGACAUUUAGCUGCAUUAGGCUUGACUUAAACAUCGCUGUCCUGGCUCUGUAAAAUAAAGUAUAACAAAUAAAUAGAUAUAAAAUCACUGAAUUGAUUUUUUAAAAUUAAAAUAAUAAAUAUUUAUAAUAAAGCAUUGGUUAUAUAAUAGACCAGUCCAAUUGUUACUGAUACCUGAUCCAUCUAUUUGAGUCAGUAUUGGCCUGAGAUCUGAUCUGAGUUUCAGCUCAUUUCUAUUCUUUAUACUACAAAACUUUGGAAGGGUGCUUCAGAGUUGACCUUUGACCUUUAGGCAAGACUCCAGCAAAGUUCCUGCCUGGGUCACACACAUAGACUGUAUAUAAAUAAAUAAUAUAUACAUUUGGAUAUGUCUGGCUUGAUUUCAGCUGAAACAUGCCUCAGUCAGUGUUUUACUACCAGUGUUGGGCCACUAGGUGGCAGUCUUACAUAAUCUAUCGGCAGUUGGGAAUGAGUCGCUGGUGAUGAAUAUGAAAUUUCUCUAUGUUCUUAUUGUAGAUGAUCUGUGAUAAGAUGCUUUUAUUGCUUUUUAAUAAAUAUUAAUUUAGGGCGUACGGCAGCAACCAUCCUCACAGAACUUUGACAGUUGUGAAAUUAAACUUUUAAGUUUAGGAUUCCAUUGGUUUUGCUCUUUGUCUCUUUAGUUGUGAUGGGUAUCAGUGCUCAUAAUGACAACCCAAGACUUAUGCUUAUUCCAUAAAUUAUUCUAUAGAAAUAAAUAAAAGAUCAAAUGGAAAACCUCCUGCAGGUGAGGGCUUAACAUCUUUGGGAAAAAAAGGUUUCAUAAAGUGACAACAGCUCUAUGUUACAGUUCAGUAGCUGCACAUAUUAGCAGACACACAGUUCUAUUUCUUAAACUUAGUUUAAAGUGCUUUAAUCAUCCCUUUACAGCCUAUGUGUAUGGCCUAAAAGAUGAACUCAGUGUCACCCUUCCAGUUUCCACAUACACAUUACAAGGGAUUUUACUCUGUGGAAACAGUUGUAUAAUGUCUUCCCUGGCUCUCAGUAGAUAACUGUAUAUUGCAGAGGUUAGUAUUGUGUGUGGUUACAAAUAUGUGGUGGCUGUGAGUGUGAAGGUAGAUGUAGAGAAUGUGUGGAGAGUAGUAGUAGUUGGCAGAACA